ACGAGAUCAGGCUGGGCAGGCGCCUCCUGCGGACGGGAACCGGCAGCCCGGGAGGGCUGGGACUGCAAGCCGGGCGGCCGGCCCGCCGCGCUCCUAGGAGGGUGGGACCGGCAGGAAGCGAAAUGGUUACUUUUUUAAAUGCGGGCUCUGGUUACUUUUGAAGAUCGCCGGCCCCGGGCGCAGAGCGGACACGGGGAUUUUUCUCUCCCCGGUGGAUGGUUCUGGAGAAACGCAGCGCUGGGGCGUGGGGGAUGCGGUGGCCUGGACGAGGCGACUCAAACACGGGGGAGCAGAGUCGGCGGCGCCGGCGGGGACAGAGGGUCUCCGGGGAGCUGAAGGACCUUUUGCCGGGCCCCCGGCCCCGCCACGGCUGGUUAGGGAGCUGCAGCGGCAGCCAUUGUUGAUGUCCUGUGACUGAGAAACCGGCCUUUUCACUUUCUUACUAUGCCUUUGGAGAUGGAGCCCAAAAUGAGCAAACUUGCCUUUGGGUGCCAGAGGAGCUCCACGUCAGAUGACGACUCAGGCUGCGCGUUGGAAGAGUAUGCCUGGGUGCCCCCAGGCCUUCGACCGGAGCAGAUCCAGCUCUAUUUCGCUUGCUUACCAGAGGAAAAGGUUCCUUAUGUUAACAGCCCUGGAGAGAAACAUCGAAUUAAACAGCUAUUGUACCAGUUGCCACCACAUGAUAAUGAGGUGCGGUACUGCCAGUCUCUGAGCGAAGAGGAGAAGAAAGAACUGCAGGUGUUCAGUGCCCAGCGGAAGAAAGAAGCACUUGGAAGAGGAGCGAUCAAGCUUUUGUCCCGAGCAGUGAUGCAUGCCGUGUGCGAGCAGUGUGGGUUGAAGAUAAAUGGAGGUGAAAUUGCAGUGUUUGCCUCCCGCGCGGGCCCUGGAGUGUGUUGGCACCCUUCCUGUUUUGUCUGCUUCACCUGUAACGAGCUGCUGGUCGACCUCAUCUAUUUUUAUCAGGAUGGAAAAAUUCACUGUGGCAGGCACCAUGCUGAACUACUGAAACCACGGUGUUCAGCAUGUGAUGAGAUCAUUUUUGCUGAUGAGUGCACAGAAGCCGAGGGUCGCCACUGGCACAUGAAGCACUUCUGCUGCCUUGAGUGUGAGACAGCCCUGGGAGGACAGAGGUACAUCAUGAAGGAUGGCCGCCCGUUCUGCUGCAGCUGUUUUGAGUCCCUGUACGCGGAGUACUGUGAAGCCUGUGGGGAGCAUAUCGGGGUUGACCAUGCCCAGAUGACGUACGAUGGGCAGCACUGGCAUGCCACAGAAGCCUGCUUUUCUUGUGCCCAGUGUAAAGCUUCUUUGUUGGGGUGUCCCUUCCUUCCCAAACAAGGCCAGAUUUAUUGCUCAAAAACAUGCAGCCUUGGUGAAGACGUCCAUGCGUCUGAUUCUUCCGACUCUGCGUUUCAGUCCGCUCGAUCCAGAGACUCUAGAAGAAGUGUCCGGAUGGGCAAAAGCAGUCGGUCAGCCGAUCAGUGUAGACAGUCUCUUCUCUUGUCCCCUGCUCUGAACUACAAGUUUCCUGGCCUGUCAGGCAAUGCUGAUGACACCCUUUCUCGGAAGUUGGAUGAUCUGAGUCUCUCCAGGCAGGGAGCAAGUUUUGUCAAUGAAGAAUUUUGGAAAGGCAGGGUGGAGCACGAAACCCCAGAAGAGCCUGAAGAAUGGGCCGAGCAUGAAGAUUAUAUGACGCAGCUCCUCCUCAAGUUUGGUGAUAAAAGCCUCUUUCAGCAGCAGCCCAAUGAGAUAGAUAUUCGAGCCAGUGAGCAUUGGAUAUCUGAUAAUAUGGUUAAAAAUAAGACCGAGUUAAAGCAAAAUAACCAGAGCCUUGCAAGUAAAAAAUACCAAUCUGAUAUGUAUUGGGCACAGUCCCAAGAUGGACUGGGUGAUUCUGCUUAUGGCAGCCACCCAGGCCCUGCAAGCAGUAGAAGGCUCCAGGAGUUAGAUCUGGACCACGGGGCUGCAGGAUAUAACCAUGAUCAAACACAGUGGUAUGAAGAUUCCCUGGAGUGUUUGUCAGACUUGAAACCAGAGCAAAGUGUUCGAGAUUCUAUGGAUUCUUUGGCUUUAUCUAAUAUCACAGGGGCUUCAGUGGAUGGAGAAAGCAAGCCGAGACCCUCGUUGUAUUCCCUGCAAAACUUUGAGGAGAUGGAGGGAGAGGAUUGUGAGAAAAUGAGCAAUAUGGGGACUUUGAACUCUUCCAUGCUGCACAGGAGUGCAGAGUCCUUGAAGAGUCUAAGUUCAGAGUUGUGUCCAGAAAAAAUCAGGCCUGAGGAGAAACCGGUGCAUCUGCCUGUGCUUCGAAGAUCCAAGUCUCAGUCCAGACCACAGCAGGUCAAGUUUUCGGAUGAUGUCAUCGACAACGGAAACUAUGACAACAUUGAAAUCCGGCAGCCUCCGAUGAGUGAGAGGACUCGAAGACGGGUCUACCAUUUCGAAGAGAGGGGAUCCAGGUCUCAUCACCAUCGCCGCAGGAGAAGUAGGAAGUCCCGCUCUGACAAUGCUCUGAAUCUUGUUGCAGAAAGAAAAUACUCUCCCAAGGAUAGGCUGCGGCUUUACACCCCUGAUAACUACGAGAAAUUUAUACAGAAUAAAAGUGCCCGGGAGAUCCAAGCAUACAUCCAGAAUGCUGAUCUGUACAGACGGUAUGCCCAUGCCACCUCCGAUUACGCUCUGCAGAACCCGGGAGGGCCUAGGUUUCUAGGACUCUACGGUGAGGACGAUGAUUCUUGGUGUUCCUCCACCUCCUCCUCCUCUGACUCCGAAGAAGAAGGAUAUUUUCUUGGACAACCAAUUCCUCAACCCCGGCCCCAGAGAUACGCCUACUACACAGAUGACCUUUCGAGCCCAACUUCUGUACUCCCCAGUCCUCAGUUUGGUCAGAGGACAACUAAAUCCAAGAAGAAAAAGGGACCCAAGGGCAAAAACUGUAUUAUUUCUUAAUCUAGUAGCUGUGGAGAUCAUGUUUAAACUUUGCCAUUAACCAUCUUGAAGCAUAUCUUUUUUCUUCCGUAGGAAAGUUGCUAAAAUAGUUUAAAGUGCUUUGCCCAUGUAAAUGAGACCCCUGCUGCUGUUUACAGUGUCAGAUUAACAUUGGGAAGGUGUGAUUUCUCCAGUUUGCCCUCCUUGGAUGGUGCCAGUUUGAUGUGACAUGUUGUGCCUGCCAGGUGCAUUACAGCUCUGUGUAGCGGCUUUGGUCUCCAAUCCUCAAGAGAAUCCUCAAGAAACUGUCACGAGGUGAUUGGACGGGGGUGUUGAUUUUAGACAAUGGAGAACUUCCGCCACCUUUGUAAAGCGAUAGUGUUUGUCGUUUGUCUACACCAGGUUGGCCCAGGUCCUGAUCAGUCUGUCUUGUUGUGCGGCAUGCACGUAGUCACACUGACCCAGCCAGUUCUGUGCAUCCCAUCGUGCGAGACCACCUCGUCCCCUUUCAGUUAGCCAGGUAAACAGUGCAUUGUAUUAGCUCCAGCUACAGAUUGAAAAAGACAUUGCUAUUUAUAAUGUAGUAUUCCAUAGACUUAAGUGUAUUCCUAAUUUAACGGUGCAAAUAUUAAUGUACAUAUGUACAGUUCAGAUUUUAAAGCUGAUAUUUUUAUAUCCCUGAAUUGCAAGACGUUUGUUACACUGCAGUGCUAGUUUUGUUGGGGAACCAGAAACAGCAUUUAUGGAUGAAAUGAUUGCUUGUAUUUUAGUCAGGGUUUAUAAGCUUAGAUGGUCAAAUUUAUAUUGCCUAGUGAUGGAGAGUUUAAAUUUUCUGAUUUUUCAAUAUUAAAAAGGCUCUGUAUGCAUGGUGGGGCUAUGUAAAUACUCUUUAAAACUAUGGCCCUCUUAAUCUUACGAGUGCUAUUUAUGGGUCAAGCAAUGUAAACUGUAUAAAUGUAAAAACAAACCCAUACAUAUCCCUGGAAUAUACGGUAAAAACAAGUAGAAGUUGUUUGGGUGAAUGUUUUUUUUCCCCUUUGGGGAUGGUAGGGGGUGCCUUUCCCAUUUUCAACAAAGUGGUGAUUAUUUCCUGGGAAGAGACAAAACUACAAGGAUCUGCUGUGGAGGGCGGAGGAUUCUGUAGAUUUAUUCUUUGAAGAGAGGCUGUCCCUUUUUAUCCCCUCCCUUCCAGCUAAUUUGUUGGCCUUGAACAGCAAUUUUUGAAAACUGGGCCUUCGGGUUAUGUUUUUCUUUUAAAAUCUUCAGAGAAUGCCGUGCCACUGACUGCUUCAAGUUUAUGAGGUUCUAUUUCAAGGGCAAAUUAUCUUGGAGUUGAACUGAUGAGCUGAUACUUUGUUAUGUGCCAUUCUUGCACAUAUGAUUCAGUCCUAACUGAGGUCCUAGUGGUAUCUUGGACCUUGAGGAAGUUAUUUAAUAAAUGCUUAAUAAAUAACAAACUACCUUUUCUGAACAGAUCUUUGCAAACAUAUCCAGGUAACUUCCAUUUUGCUCCUCUGCUCUGGCAUGAUUUCUUUUGCCUUUCUUCUACCAUUAACAGGCCGUGGCUGACUCCUGCAUAUCUAUCCCCUGCCCCUACUAAUAGGUGUGAAACAGGACCUGAGGCACAGAGACAGACUUGUCCAUCUUUACUGGAAUGGGGAAAAGCUGUUAGGCCUCGGGGGAGGGGGAUAUGAAUCCAAUAGGUAAGCCAGCGGUCUAGCAUCCCCUACACCCAUCCCUGACUAGGGCAAGGCUUUGUAGCUGUGCUCCUGGAGAAGCACACAACCGGGGCGCGGGGAGAGCGCCUUACUCCACAAUAUAUCAUUAUUUCCCUGGUCUGGUUCAUUUUGAAAAACAUAGCAGUGAAAAGGAAAUGCGUGCAUCUGGUUAAAAAAAAAAAAAAAAGAAAAACUCAGAGACAGUGGAGUGUCUCCUUUCCACUCUUCAUCCCUAGUCCCUCACAUCCCUUUCCAGAAAUAACCACUAUUAGUCAUUUCUAGUGUGUCCUUCAGAUGUUCAAAGCACUAUAUAUAAAUAAAUAUCUCUUUUAAAAUGGUAGCAAAGUAUACAGGCUUAGAUUUGCUUUUUUCACUUUAUAUGUGGACAUUCCAUGUUAGCACAAAUAGGUCUACCUCAGUUUUUCAAUGAUGGCAUAGUAAAUACACUGUAACUGACUUAACCAGCACCUUAGUGAUGGACUUGAACUCCGCAUAGAUACCUUAUCCUGCACUGGCACAUCUGCACAUAAAUUCUGAGCAGCAUCAUUCCUGGGACAGAAGUUACGUAUUUAAAAUUUGGAUGGAUAUCACCAAUUUUCCUCCAAAAGUAAUCUGCCUGAUUAACAUUUACACUAACAAUGUAGGAGAGUGCUUGUUCCAUUACAAUCUCACAGAACAUGCUAGCAGAUAUCUCCCUUUUAAAGAACUUCUCAGAACCUAUGCCACAAACAGUGGUUAUCCUUUUGAAAAGACUGAUGUGUUUGGUGAGAUGUUGCUUAUACAAGAUGAAUCAUAAAUAGUAAACAGUAAUACACAGCCUGGAGAAAUGGUGGUGGAAGCGGAAGUCACCGUCCUUGGUAGUUUUUAAGUCAUUGUCAAAAGAUUAGUUCCUUUUGCUUCUGGCAACAGUCUCCCUAUUCAUCUUUUCAUUUCCUUAUGUAAGGGUUAUAUAGAUUAUGCUAAAGGCUUAAGGAAAUGCAGAAAUAUUUACUCAUGAUGAUAACGUAACCUUUAAAGCUUCUGAGUCUUAGUAGCAAAGAAAGGACUAGCUGCGCAGAAACCACUGCCUUGCACUUCUGUCAAGAAUUAGGUGAGAACAGUAAGCAUGCAGUCACUAACAGGUAUUCACAGAUUCAGUUAACGAGAGUGCAAAGUAUCUGGUCAGGUCCCAAGAUAAAUAUCCAAUGUUAAAACACUGUCUCUAACCUCUACAUGUGUGAGGCAGAACGCUACUUGUGUUUUUCUGCACUUCAGAGCAAACUGGAGAACAUUUUGCUUACAGCCCAUGAAGGGGCACUGAUAAAAUGUCAACGGGGACUCCUUUCAGCCCCCAUUAAAAGAACAUAAUUCAUUU